GCGCCGGAGUCCAGCAGGUGGCCAGGCCCACGGGCCGGCCUUGCCUUGGGGCCUGGGCCCCUCCCACGGCUCAGCGAGGCGGACGCAUUCCGCUCGGGCUAGCGGGCGGGCGGACUACAACUCCCGGCAUGCACCGCGGCGGGCGGACCGCUGCACCUGCUCAGUGGGGUCGCCCUGGGAGCCUGGGUAUUGAUUAUUCCAUUGUGUGGGACGCCUCGGCUCCAGCCAGUGAAUGAGGCGGAGGAGUGAGGGCGAAGAGGAGGAGGAGGUGGGCGAGGAGGAGGAGGAGGAGGCGGAGGAGGCAGGGAACGAGCGAGUGCCCUGGGUGAAUCAAUGGAAACCCCCUCACGAAGCCGGGAAAACACUUCAGCCGCAGCCAAAUAGCAUUGAUUAUUUUCCUUCACUUCCCUCACCGCCGUGAAUAUAUUUAUUUAUUUUUUCCAUCUCCAUCCCCGACGCCCCGGAGUGAGCGCUGGAGGGAGGGAGGAGGAGGGGGGAAAAAGGAAUCAACACAUCGGAGAAGUCCCUUCCAAGAGCCGCCCCCUCCCCUCCCCGCCUCGCGCUGCUCGGCGGCCGCGGUUCGACUCCCGUCCCUGCUUCCAGCUGAGGUGGUACUGGCUGUCACGCUGAGAUGAACCCCCAGCACUCCUCCGUCUGCCAUGGCCUCCCUUAGCUCAUCUUCUACUGCUGGCACCUCCCCACCCCCUGGGCACAAUGCCCUGUCCCCACCUCUGGACACCUCUUCCCCCAGCAUCCCCCCUGAUCUUGUCACCAAAGAUUCCACCUCUGAGAGCAUGAGGCCCUCAGAACCAGGGGGACAGCCUCUGGAGUCGGGCUGUGGCCUCAUCCCACCAAAGGAGAUUGGGGAGCCCCAAGAAGAGCCUGGCUGUGGUGGCUUCCCACCAAAGGACCUGGGGGUGGAAGAGGACAAGGAGCAGGAGGAGGAAGGAGGCGGGCUCCCUCCUGUGGACCUAAGCAACCAUUUACUCUUCACAGCUGGCGGUGAGGCCUGCCUCGUGGCCACGCUGUCCCUGCCGGGUGGCAGUCAACUGCUGUUACCAAAGGGCUUCCCCUGGGGUGAGGCGGGCACCAAGGAAGAGCCCAGCCUACCCCACCCGCCCCCUACACACCUCACUGCCCUUCACAUCCAACAUGGCUUUGACCCAAUCCAAGGCUUUAGCUCUUCUGACCAAAUUCUGUCCCAUGAUACCUCAGCGCCAUCUCCGGCCACCUGUGAGGGAAGGGAUGGAGCCUUCUGGAGCUACCAGCUAGCACCAAACCCACCCGGAGAUCCCAAAGAUGGCCCCAUUGGGAGCAGGGGGGGAGACCACCGGGCACUGUUCUGGCUCUGCCUCCUGUGCCGCCUGGGUUUCAGCCAGUCCCAGGCCUUCGUGGGUCAUACACAGUCUCAUGGGGUGAAGCUAACCUCUGCUCAACACCAGGGCCUACCAGGCAACCCAGCUGUGCUCCAGGAGGGGGAGGAGGGCUGCGUGGCCCUCCUAAGCUUCCUGGAACCAAAACCACCUGCUUGCCCCCCUUCAGAAAUGCCCCUUGACAACAGCAGCACAGGGAGCCUGGAGGCGAAUGUAGCCCAGACCGAGGAUGGCUGCCCUGAGGCAGAAACCCAGGCCCUAGUUCUGCCUACAGAAGACGUCAUAACCCUCAGCCCGCCUUCCCCAUCCGCUACCCCAGCCACCUGGGGUCCCAGCCCAACCCAAGCCAAAGAAUCACCAACGGCAGCAGGGGAGGCAGGCCCAGAUUGGUUCCCCGAGGGGCAAGAAGAGGAUGGCGGGCUCUGCCCCCCACUUAACCAAAGCUCACCCACCUGCAAGGAGGGGGGCACUCUCCCCGUCCCCGUGGGCUCCCCCGAAGACCCCAGUGACCCACCCCAGCCCUACCGCCUAGCCGAGGACUACACCCCAGCCCCCGCAGCCUUCCAGGGCCUCACGCUGUCCAGCCACAUGUCUCUGCUUCACUCGCGCAAUUCCUGCAAGACGCUCAAGUGUCCCAAGUGCAACUGGCACUACAAGUACCAGCAGACCCUGGAUGUGCACAUGCGGGAGAAGCACCCUGAGAGCAACAGUCACUGCAGCUACUGCAGCGCUGGGGGCGCCCACCCCCGCCUGGCGCGGGGAGAGAGCUACAACUGUGGCUACAAGCCCUACCGCUGUGACAUCUGCAACUACUCCACCACCACCAAGGGCAACCUCAGCAUCCACAUGCAGUCUGACAAGCACCUGGCCAACCUGCAGGGCUUCCAGGCCGGGCCCGGAGGGCAGGGAAGCCCCCCAGAGGCACCGCUUCCGCCCUGCCCUGGGGACAAGGAACCCAAGACCAAAUCGUCCUGGCAGUGCAAGGUGUGCAGCUAUGAGACCAACAUCUCUCGCAACCUGCGCAUCCACAUGACCUCUGAGAAGCACAUGCAGAAUGUCCUCAUGCUCCACCAGGGGCUGCCGCUGGGCCUGCCACCUGGGCUUGUGGGGCCAAGCCCUCCGCCCCCAACAGGCGCCCCUGCCACUCCGCCUGAACUCUUCCAGUACUUCGGGCCCCAGGCCUUAGGGCAGCCCCAGGCUCCCUUGCCGGGCCCUGGGCUGAGGCCAGACAAGCCCCUGGAAACCCAGCUGCUUCUCAACGGCUUCCACCAUCUCGGAGCGCCUGCCCGCAGGUUCCCCACGCCUGCCCCUGGCAGCUUCUCCCCGGACGCCCACCUGCCUCAAAGUCAGCUCCUGGGCUCCUUGUCCGAGGGCCUGCCCACCUCGCCGCCCCCAGAUGACAGCCCAUCUCUGAAGGUGUUCCGCUGCCUGGUGUGCCAGGCCUUCAGCACAGACAACCUGGAGCUGCUGCUCUACCACUGCAGCAUGGGCCGCAGCCUCCCGGAGGCCGAAUGGAAGGAGGUGGCCGGCGACACCCACCGCUGCAAGCUCUGCUGCUAUGGCACCCAGCUCAAGGCCAACUUCCAACUCCACCUCAAGACCGACAAACAUGCUCAGAAGUACCAGCUGGCAGCCCACCUGAGGGAGGGCAGUGGGGCUACGGGCACUCCCUCCCCCAUGCCCCUGGGAGAUGGGACUCCUUAUGGGUCUGUGCCCCCCCUGCACCUGCGCUGCAACAUCUGUGACUUUGAGUCCAACAGCAAGGAGAAGAUGCAGCUACACGCCCGGGGGGCAGCCCACGAGGAAAACAGCCAGGUCUACAAGUUUCUUCUGGAGAUGGAGGGGGCAGCGGCAGGGGCAGAGCUGGGACUGUUCCGCUGCCUGCUGUGUGCCUGGGAGACGCCCUCCCGCCUGGCCCUGCUGCAGCACCUGCGAGCACCCGCCCACCGCGAUGCCCAGGCCCAGCGGCGCCUGCAGCUGCUACAGAGUGGCCCGGCGGCCGAGGAAGGGCUCUCAGCUCUUCAGAGCAUCCUUAGCUUCAGCCAUGGGCAGCUCCGGACUCCAGGGAAGGCUCCUGUUGCCCCCUUAGCUGAGCCACCCACCCCUGAGAAAGAUGCCCAGAAUAAGACAGAACAAUUAGCUUCUGAAGAGGCAGAGAACAAGACUGGCCCUCCUGGAGACAGUGCCAACCAGACCACGGUGUACUGCUGUCCAUACUGCAGCUUCCUGAGCCCAGAGUCAGAGCAGGUGAGGGCUCAUGCGCUCUCCCAGCAUGCAGUGCAGCCUAAGUACAGGUGCCCGCUGUGCCAGGAGCAGCUGGUGGGCCGGCCUGCCCUGCACUUCCACCUUAGCCACCUUCACAACGUGGUGCCUGAGUGUGUUGAGAAGCUGCUGCUUGUGGCCACAACUGUAGAGAUGACCUUUGUGACCAAAGUGCUGCCUGGGCCCUCUCUCAGCCCUCUGGGGGAUGGCCCAGUGCCCCUGGCUCCCGGGCCAGAGCCUGCACCCGGCAGAGACCAGGCAGCAGAAGGCCCUCACCCGCCUCCAGAAGCCAGUCCCGGUCCUCUUCCUGAGCCGCCCCUGCCCUCAGCCGAGGCCCCAGACAAGCCCACAGGAAGCCCUGACCAACCCCCCUCUCCAGCCCCCUCUCCAGCCCCUCGACCUGAUGCCCAGGCUGAAGAAAUGGCUGCUCUGCCCCUCAUGGCUGAGGAGGAAGAGGGAACUGCUGGGGAGCCCCGCCCUGCAGAACCAGCUCCAGCGGACUCGCGCCCAGCUCUGACCUAUCGGAAGACCACCAACUUUGCACUGGACAAGUUCCUUGACCCUGCCCGGCCCUAUAAGUGCACUGUGUGUAAGGAGUCCUUCACACAGAAGAAUAUCCUCCUGGUCCAUUAUAACUCUGUCUCCCACCUGCACAAGAUGAAGAAAGCUGCCAUUGACCCCUCUGGCCCUGCCCGGGGAGAGGCUGGCUCAGCGCCUGCCACCACUGCGGCCACAGACAAGCCCUUUAAGUGCACGGUCUGCCGAGUCUCCUACAACCAGAGCUCCACCCUGGAGAUCCACAUGCGCUCAGUUCUGCACCAGACUCGCUCACGGGGGGCCAAGACUGAUGCCAAGGCUGAGGGGCCAGAGCGUGGCCAAGAAGAGCCCAAAGAAGGCGAGACCGAGGGGGAGGCGGGCACUGAGAAGAAGGGCCCUGACCCCAGCGGCUUCAUAUCUGGGUUGCCCUUCCUGUCCCCUCCUCCCCCUCCCUUGGACCUGCACCGAUUCCCAGCCCCUCUCUUCACCCCGCCGGUCCUGCCCCCCUUCCCUUUGGUGCCCGAAUCACUACUUAAGCUCCAGCAGCAACAGUUGCUCCUGCCCUUCUACCUCCAUGACCUCAAGGUGGGGCCCAAGCUGGCACUGGCUGGGCCUGCACCCCUGCUGUCCCUGCCAGCUGCCGCCCCUCUGCCCCCACCCCUACCCCCAAAGGCUGAGCUGGCUGAGCGGGAAUGGGAGCAGCCCCCCAUAGCUGAAGAGGGAACUGAGGCAGGAACAGCCUCACCCCCCGAACCAACACCCAACGAGGCAGCCCACACUGCAGCCAAAGCCCUUCUGGAAAACUUUGGUUUUGAGCUGGUGAUUCAGUACAAUGAAGGGAAGCAGGCUGUGCCCCCUCCUCCCACCCCACCCCCUCCAGAGGCCCUGGGGGGUGGGGAGAAGCUGGCCUGCAGGGCCUGUGGGAAACUCUUCUCUAAUAUGCUCAUCCUCAAGACACACGAGGAGCAUGUCCACCGCCGCUUUCUGCCCUUUGAGGCCCUGAGCCGUUAUGCUGCUCAGUUUCGAAAGAGCUAUGAUAGCCUCUACCCGCCCCCUGCAGAGCCCCCCAAACCUCCUGAUGGGUCUCUGGAUUCGCCUGCUCCCCAACUGGGUCUGCCCUUCCUGGUGCCAGAGCCCGAGACAGAGGUGGCCCAUCCCGCUGAGGAGCGAAGCCGGGCGGGACACUGGCCCCCAGAGGAGGAAGACAACACCAGAGGGAAUCUUCCUCCCCUGCUGCCUGCAGGCCGCCGAUUCUCCAGAACCAAGUUCACAGAGUUCCAGACGCAAGCCCUGCAGUCUUUCUUUGAGACCAGUGCCUACCCCAAGGAUGGAGAGGUGGAGCGGCUUGCAAGUCUCUUGGGCCUGGCUAGCCGUGUGGUGGUAGUGUGGUUCCAGAAUGCCCGCCAGAAAGCACGCAAAAAUGCCAGCGAGGGCGGGCCUGCGCCAACCGCGGGAGGCACUGGGGGAGUCUCUGGCUGCAGGCGCUGCCACACCGCCUUCUCCUGUGUUUUUGAGUUGGUGCGACACCUUAAGAAAUGCUAUGAUGACCAGCCCCUGGAAGAGGAAGAGGCAGAGAGAGGGGAAGAGGAGGAGGAAGUAGAGGAGGAAGAUGCAGAGGAGGAGCAGGGCCCGGAACCCCCAAAAGGUCCCAAGGGCCCAUCACCAGAACCUCCAGACAGGGAAGAGCUGAGCCAAGCAGAAGCAACAAAGCCAGAAGGCAGAGAGCCUGAAGGGAGGGCUUCUCCCUCACCUGCCCCAGCCCACACCUGUGACCAAUGCGCCAUGUCUUUCUCCAGCCAGGACCUCCUGACCAGUCACCGCCGACUACAUUUCCUGCCAUCUGUGCAGCCCGGUGCUGCCUCCCACCUCCUAGAUCUACCCUUGCUGGUGUUUGGGGAGCGAAACCCCCUGGUGGCAGGCACUCCACCAGUGCCAGGGCCACCCCUCAAACGGAAGCACGAGGACGGUAGCCUGUCUCCCACGGGCAGUGAAGCAGGGGGUGGAGGGGAAGGUGAGCCCCCCAGGGACAAGCGCCUGCGCACCACCAUCCUGCCCGAGCAGCUGGAGAUCCUGUACCGCUGGUACAUGCAGGACUCCAACCCAACACGCAAGAUGCUGGACUGCAUCUCCGAGGAGGUGGGGCUCAAAAAGCGGGUGGUGCAGGUCUGGUUCCAGAACACCAGGGCCCGAGAGAGGAAAGGCCAGUUUCGAAGCACCCCUGGGGGAGUGCCCAAUCCAGCGGUCAAGCCCCCUGUCACACCCACCCCUGCACCCUUCCCCAAGUUCAACCUCUUGUUGGGCAAGGUGGAUGAUGGGACUGGGAGGGAGGCCCCCAAGAGAGAAGCACCUGCUUUUCCCUACCCCACGGUCACCCCGACUGCAGGGCCCCUGCCUUUCCUGCCUCCUGGGAAAGAGGCCACCAUCCCAACACCAGAGCCACCUCUACCUCUCCCUCCUCCCCUUCCCCCCAGUGAGGAUGACGGCCCAGAGGAACCAACAAAAGCUUCUCCAGAGAGUGAGGCUUGCAGUCCAUCUGCAGGUGAUCUAAGCGAUUCGUCUGCUUCCAGCCUGGCUGAACCAGAAUCCCCUGGGGCUGGAGGGACCAGUGGGGGCCCGGGUGGGGCUGGGGUUCCAGAUGGGAUGGGGCAGCGGCGCUAUAGGACCCAGAUGAGCAGCCUGCAGCUGAAGAUCAUGAAAGCCUGUUAUGAAGCCUACCGCACCCCCACCAUGCAGGAGUGUGAGGUGCUGGGGGAGGAGAUUGGGCUGCCCAAGAGAGUCAUCCAAGUCUGGUUCCAGAAUGCUCGUGCCAAGGAAAAGAAAGCCAAACUGCAGGGGGCAGCAGCUGGCGGGGCUGGGGGCAGCAGCGAGGGCCCCUCGGGAGCCCAGCGCACUGACUGUCCCUACUGUGAUGUCAAGUAUGAUUUCUAUGUCUCCUGCCGAGGCCAUCUCUUUUCCCGCCAGCACCUGGCCAAACUCAAGGAGGCGGUCCAAGCCCAGCUGAAGAGUGAAAGCAAGUGCUACGACUUGGUCCCAGCACCUGAGGCAUCUCCGGCUCCCAAGGCCCCACCUGCCACCACACCUGCCUCUAUGCCCCUGGGGGCCGCCCCAGCCCUGCCUCGCUUGGCCCCAGUCCUCUUGCCCGGCCCGGCUCUGGCCCAGCCCCCCUUGGGCAGCCUAGCUCCUUUCAAUCCAGGCCCCGCAGCCUCCUCAGGCCUCCUUGGCCUCGCCACUUCGGUUCUGCCUGCUACCACAAUGGUCCAGACUGCUGGCCCAGGCUGCCCCUUACCUCAGAGAUCUGUGCCCGACCAAACCAACACCUCCACGGCAGGCACCACUGACCCUGCCCCAGGCCCGCCUACUGAGCCCUCUGGGGAUAAGGUCUCUGGUGAGCGAAAACCAAUUGCAGCCCCCACCAACUCCUCCACUGAUGCCCUCAAGAACCUCAAAGCAUUGAAGGCCACUGUCCCCGCCCUGUUGGGGGGCCAGUUCCUGCCCUUCCCACUGCCCCCUGCAGGAGGGGCCACACCACCGGCUGUCUUUGGCCCCCAGUUACAGGGAGCCUACUUCCAACAGCUUUAUGGCAUGAAGAAGGGGCUAUUUCCAAUGAACCCCGUGAUACCUCAGACCCUCAUCGGACUACUCCCCAAUGCCCUCCUCCAGUCACCACCCCAGCCCCCUGAGCCCACAGCCACAGCACCUCCAAAGCCUCCUGACCUGCCCGCUCCAGGGGAGGGGGAGACCGGGGAGGCGGACGAGCUGCUGACAGGCAGCCCUGGCAUCUCCACCGUGGACGUGACCCACCGCUACCUGUGCCGCCAGUGCAAGAUGGCAUUUGACGGGGAGGCUCUAGCCACUGCUCAUCAGAGAUCCUUCUGCUUCUUUGGGCGGGGUCCUGGGGGUUCCAUGCCCCCCCCACUUCGGGUGCCCAUCUGCACUUACCACUGCCUGGCAUGUGAGGUGCUGCUGAGUGGGCGUGAAGCCCUGGCCUCCCACCUGCGCUCCUCGGCCCACAGGCGAAAGGCGGCCCCACCCCCCGGGGGCCCACCCAUCAUCGUCACCAACGCCGCCACUGCCGCCACCGCUGCCGUGGCUUUUGCCAAAGAGGAAGCAAGAUUACCUCACACGGACUCCAACCCAAAAACUACUACUACCUCUACACUUCUAGCUUUAUAAACAGAUAAAAGAUAAACCAAGAUCUGGGAGGGAGGGCCUCAGGGCUCCCUCUCUUACCCCAAGGGGUGUUUGGUGGGAGCUCAAAUCCCUCUCCCCAACCUUUAGCUCGCCCACCUCCUGGGAAUCUCAAUUCCCACCCUCAGUGGGCUUCACACACCCACUUCUAGCCGAGUCCUGCCUCCUCCCCUGCCCAGACACACGCCUCCACUCCUCCUUGCCCUGUGACUUCAGACAUCCUCAUCUUGUCAUCCUUAUUAUUCACUCAUGUCUGCUCAGCAUACACAGAAUCUGUCCCUGAUCUAUCUUCCUACAACUUUUUCCCACUGAAUUCCCAGUCACAUCCCAGCUCCUAUAAACACACACAUGAGUACAUGUUCUCCUGUGCUGUUCCACUGAGAAAACACCAAAAAGAAGGAGAAGAAGAAGAAGAAGAAGAAGAAGAAGAAGAAUUAGAAGAAGAAAAAGAUGAAAGAAAAAGGAAACCCCAAGACAGAGAAGGGGAAGGAAAAUAAACUGUCGCUCCCCCUUCUUCCUGCCCCCUUGUCUAGAGCACCAUCCGCUCAAAAACUUUCCAAAUACCCAGUUGGCUCCCAAUGUUGGAGCCUGGGAUGGGCAGGGACCACAAAACUAACCAAACUUUAGGUUGGCGGGGAGAAGUGCUCCCAGCUCACUCUCCUCACAUCCCUCCCAACCUCCUUGUCUGGCAGGGGAGCCCGUGGCCUGGACUCCAGGGGAAGCGGCCACCAGGGAUCCCUCUGCUAACCCCCACCCUGCACCCUGAGAACUGCAGUAACUUAUUCUCAAAGGCUUUAAACACAGAGAUCCUCUCAGCAGCCGUGGGCCUGCCCCUUGUCCCAGCCCUGCCAUGUGGGGUCCAGCCUCUGGGACCGGCGCUGCCCACCAACGGCAAAUCCAAAGUUCUUUAAAAAACAAAACAAAAACUGAAACACACACA